AAACGCACAAAUUUACAGUGUCACGCAAACUGCUCAAAUUUACAGUGUUACGCAAACUGCGCAAAUCGCGCAAACACUGUUUACACCGAGCAAACCUGUUCACAUCGCGCAAUCAUUGUUUACAUCGCGCAAAAGUAGAUAUUAUAGUCUGUAAACAGUAUUUUUUGCGCGAUUUUGCAAGCAGUUUGCAUGAUGUAAACAGUAUUUACGCGGUUUAUACAGUUUGCGUGACACUGUUCACAGUUUGCGCAGUUUGCGUGACACUGUUUACAGUUUGCGUUUUUGUCUCUCAACGGCUACACUUUUAGGCAUCCAUUAACAUCGAAACUAUAUCAUUUUAAGCGUUCGAAACAUUCAAAAACAUCCAUAUAUAUUCGACAUAUUUAGGGUUUUACUGUAAAAUCCCUAGCUACCAUCGUAACCGCCGUAAACCGAUGCAUAUUCUCAGAAAAAAUAUUUUUACUGGGUUUUUCAACAUAAGGGUAAAAAGGGUAAAAAAAAUACGGUUUGCUUAUUUUGGUAAAACUUUUCUAGGGUGGCUUAAAAACGUAUAAACGCUUAAUUUUUUUGCCUAUUUUAAUUAAUUACCCGUUUAACAAUGCUUAAUGACUGCGUUACGAAGUAUGAUGUAAAGAUUUAGCAUCAAUUUGCAUAUGAAAAUAAAUAUAAUGAGAUUUUUGGCGUAGACUUUGACUUGCUUGGAGUGGGGAGCAAGGAAUUAGAAAAAAGUUGACAGCUGAAGAUAAAAUAAUACUAAAAUUUAUAGCCGUCUUAGUUGACUACUUCAACUAGGCAAUAGGAAGAUUCCUAAGAAGUGACUGGAUCCCAUUUCUCCACACUUAAAAACACUUUUUAAGUUCGGCUUGGAAAAUCCCGUGUGUUUCAAUGGACCCAUCAAGAAUUUCCCUCCGACCAUGCAAGCUCUCCGAUGUCGACGACUUCCUGAAAUGGGCAAGUGAUGAUAGAGUGACGCGCUAUGUCAGAUGGAACACAAUUACUUCCAGAGAAGAAGCAUUGAAUUAUCUCGAGAAAGUUGCAAUACCGCACCCUUGGCGUCGGUCUAUAUGUUUGGACGACCGUUCGAUCGGCUACAUUUCAAUCAAACAAGCAGGCGGUGAAGAUAGAUGCAGAGCCCUGGUAGGAUAUGCAUUGGCUGCAGAGUACUGGGGUCAAGGGAUAGUCACAGCUGCAUUGAAAAUGGCUGUUUCUAAAGUAUUUAAAGAAAUUCCCGAAUUGGUGAGAUUGCAGGCUUUUGUAGAGGUGGAGAAUAAAGGAUCUCAACGGGUACUGGAAAAGGUUGGGUUCUUGCAAGAAGGUCUGUUGAGGAAAUACGGUUUCUGCAAAGGCGAGAUUAGAGAUAUGUUUGUGUAUGGCUUCCUUUCUACUACCGAUAAGAUUAUGUAAGAGCUCUUUAUCUUCUGGUUCAAAUCAAAUAAAUUUGGUUUCUUCA